CGGAGUAGGUGUGGGCAGAAAGUGAGAAAUCCGCCUUGUGUUGGGGGCUUGCUCUGGCAAUAUUUGCAUGUGGUCUCCUAGAAACUCUUCUGACACACGGACGGAUCUGUCAUUGGCUGUGUAAGAUUGGUGGAGAUUAUGCAAACUGGAGAGGCUUUUGCCAAGGACUUUUUGUGCCUGUUCAUCGCUGGCUGUUUUUUUCGUUGUUUAAAUUAAAUUACAUCUGGACACAGGGUAUCUCUGCUGCGACCCAGCAGAGACAGCUGUGAGGGGUGACUUGAUGGUGCAAACAGCACAGGAACCUCAGCCCACGAUCAUGGCACCCAGUGAGUUGGUUUUCUUUGUCAACGGCAAAAAGGUGGUGGAAAAGAAUGCAGAUCCAGAGACAACACUCUUGGUUUAUCUGAGAAGAAAAUUGGGGUUAAGUGGGACCAAACUUGGUUGUGGAGAAGGUGGCUGUGGAGCCUGCACCGUAAUGCUGUCCAAGUAUGAUCGGCUCCAGAAUAAAAUUGUCCACUUUUCUGCCAAUGCCUGUUUGGCCCCUAUCUGUUCCCUACAUCACGUUGCUGUGACAACUGUGGAAGGAAUAGGAAGUACCAAGACCAGGCUGCAUCCUGUCCAGGAGAGAAUCUCCAAAAGUCAUGGCUCUCAGUGUGGCUUCUGCACCCCUGGCAUUGUCAUGAGCAUGUAUACUCUGCUCCGGAACAAUCCUGAGCCCACGAUGGAGGAAAUUGAAAAUGCUUUCCAAGGGAACCUGUGCCGUUGUACGGGCUACAGACCUAUCCUUCAAGGCUUUAGGACAUUUGCCAGGGAUGGGGGAUGCUGUGGAGGAAAGGGAGAGAAUCCAAACUGCUGCAUGAAUCAAAAAGAAAAUAGCACGUUACAUCUCUCAUCAUCUUUGUUUAAUCCAGAGGAAUUCCUGCCAUUAGAUCCUACCCAGGAGCCUAUCUUCCCACCAGAGUUAAUGAGACUGAAAGAUGAGCCCCAGAAGCAGCUGUGUUUCCAAGGGGAGCGAGUAAAAUGGAUCCAGGUUGCCACCCUGAAGGAACUGUUGGAACUGAAGUCCCAGCAUCCAGAUGCCAAGCUGGUGGUGGGGAACACUGAGAUUGGUAUUGAGAUGAAAUUUAAGAACAAGCUAUUCCCUCUGAUAGUCUGCCCAACUUGGAUUCCUGAACUAAAUUUUGUGGAGCGUGGCCCAGAAGGUAUUUCCUUUGGGGCAGCCUGCCCUCUGACUGAAGUGGAGAAAGCCUUAGUUGCUGCCAUAGCUGAGCUCCCAUCCUACCAGACAGAAGUGUUCAAAGGGGUCCUGGAACAGCUGCGCUGGUUUGCUGGAAAACAGGUCAAGUCUGUGGCGUCCAUUGGGGGGAAUGUCAUCAAUGCCAGCCCAAUUUCUGACCUCAACCCCGUUUUCAUGGCCAGUGGAUCCAGAGCAACUCUUGUGUCAAAAGGGACCAGGAGGACUGUUAGGAUGGACUACAUGUUUUUCCAUAGUUACAGAAAGACACUUUUAAGUCCAGAAGAGAUACUGCUUUCCAUUGAGAUUCCCUACAGCUGGAAGGGGGAAUAUUUCUCAGCCUUUAAACAAGCCUCUAGAAGGGAGGAUGACAUUGCUAAAGUAACCUGUGGAAUGAGGGUUUUAUUCCAACCAGAAAGCUUCCAAGUCCAGGAGCUGGAUAUCAGUUUUGGAGGCAUGGCUGAUAAAACCAUCCCAGCCCUGAAAACCACGAGGAAGCAGCAAGGGAGAGCAUGGAAUGAGGAACUGCUUCAAGAUGUUUUAACCAACCUCGCUGAGGAGCUGAGCUUGGCGCCUGAUGCCCCCGGUGGAAUGGUAGAGUUCCGUCGCACGCUCACUCUCAGCUUCUUCUUUAAAUUCUACUUGACGGUGCUUCAGAAACUGGGGGAAGAAAAUACAGGGAAAUGUGAUAAACUGGAUCCAACUUGUGUCAGUGCCACUUCACUUUUUCAAAAAGAGCCUCCCACCAAUGUUCAGCUCUUCCAAGAAGUUCCUAAGGGACAGGAUAAAGAUGACAUGGUGGGCCGGCCCAUUCCCCACCUUUCUGCUGCCAUGCAGGCCUCAGGGGAGGCCGUAUACUGUGAUGACAUCCCCCUCUAUUCCAACGAACUUUGCCUUCGAUUAGUCACCAGCACCAAGGCUCAUGCCAAAAUCAAAUCCAUAGAUACUUCAGAAGCUCAGAAAGUCCCUGGAUUUGUUUGUUUUCUCUCAGCUGAUGAUAUUCCCGGGAGUAAUGAAACUGGAUUAUUUAAUGAUGAAACUGUCUUUGCGAAGCAUAAGGUCACUUGUGUGGGGCACAUCAUUGGGGCUGUGGUCACAGAUACCCCAGAACAUGCACAGAGAGCAGCUCAAGCUGUUAAAAUUACCUAUGAGGAACUGCCAGCCAUUAUCACAAUUGAGGAUGCAAUAAAAAACAAUUCCUUCUAUGGUUCAGAGAUCAAGAUUGAGAAAGGAGAUCUCAAAAAAGGUUUUGCUGAAGCUGAUAAUAUUGUUUCAGGAGAGCUGUAUAUUGGUGGGCAGGAACACUUCUACUUAGAGACUCACUGCACCAUUGCUGUCCCAAAAGGUGAAGCAGGAGAGAUGGAGCUCUUUGUGUCUACCCAGAACACAAUGAAGACUCAGAGUUUUGUUGCCAAAGUUUUGGGUGUCCCAGCAAAUCGCAUUGUAGUUCGAGUGAAGAGAAUGGGAGGAGGUUUUGGAGGGAAGGAGACCCGGAGCACAGUAUUAUCUACAGCAGUUGCUUUGGCUGCAUACAAGACUGGCUGCCCUGUACGUUGCAUGCUGGAUCGAGAUGAAGACAUGUUGAUAACUGGUGGGAGACAUCCAUUUAUGGCCAGAUAUCAGGUUGGCUUCAUGAAGACUGGGAAGAUUGUAGCCCUAGAAGUUGAACACUACAGCAACGCAGGAAAUACUUUAGACCUCUCUGAAAGUAUCAUGGAGAGGGCUUUAUUUCAUAUGGACAACUGCUAUAAGAUUCCCAACAUCAGGGGUACUGGCCGACUAUGCAAGACCAACUUGCCUUCCAAUACAGCCUUCAGGGGCUUUGGGGGGCCCCAAGGGAUGCUCAUUGCUGAGUACUGGAUGAGUGAAGUUGCCCUCACCUGUAAACUUCCAGCAGAGGAAGUUCGAAGGAUGAACAUGUACAAGGAAGGAGACCUGACUCACUUUAACCAGAAGCUGGAAGGGUUCACUGUGCCCAGGUGCUGGGAUGAAUGCAUGGCAAGUUCACAGUACCAUGCAAGAAGGAAAGAGGUUGAGAAAUUUAACAAGGAGAAUUGUUGGAAGAAGAGAGGUUUGAGUAUAAUUCCUACCAAGUUUGGAAUCAGCUUCACACUUUCCUUUCUAAAUCAGGCUGGAGCUUUGAUACAUGUGUACACAGAUGGUUCCGUUCUUCUUACCCAUGGUGGUACUGAGAUGGGGCAAGGCCUUCACACCAAGAUGAUCCAAGUGGCCAGCAAAACUUUGAAGAUCCCUACCUCCAAGAUUUACAUCAGUGAAACAAGCACCGCUACAGUGCCCAACACUUCUCCUACAGCUGCUUCUGUUAGCACUGACAUCAAUGGACAGGCUGUCUAUGAAGCAUGUAAAACCAUCUUACAAAGACUGGAACCCUUCAAAAAGAACAAUCCCAGUGGUUCCUGGGAAGAAUGGGUUAAGGCUGCCUACAUGACAUCAGUGAGUUUGUCUGCCACAGGAUUUUAUAGAACACCCAAUCUGGGUUAUAACUUUGAAACCAAUUCUGGAAAUCCCUUCCACUACUUCUCCUAUGGUGUAGCUUGCUCUGAGGUUGAGAUAGACUGUUUAACAGGUGAUCAUAAGAACAUCCGCACAGACAUUGUCAUGGAUGUUGGCUCCAGCCUGAAUCCAGCUAUAGAUAUUGGACAGGUGGAAGGGGCAUUUGUUCAAGGACUUGGCCUUUUUACUCUGGAAGAGCUGCAUUAUUCUCCUGAGGGGAGUCUUCAUACUCGGGGACCCAGCACCUACAAGAUCCCUGCUUUUGGCAACAUUCCCAUUGAGUUUAGGGUUUCUCUUCUACGGGAUUGUCCUAACAAGAGAGCCAUCUAUGCUUCUAAGGCAGUAGGAGAACCCCCUCUCUUCCUGGCCUCCUCCAUCUUCUUUGCCAUCAAGGAUGCCAUCUCUGCAGCCCGUGUUCAGCAAGCAGAUUAUAAAAUGAAUGAGCUUUUCCGGCUGGACAGCCCUGCCACCCCAGAAAAAAUCCGUAAUGCUUGUGUGGACAAAUUCACCACUCUGUGUGUUACGGAAGUGCCAGCAAAUUGCAAGCCAUGGUCUAUGAGAGUCUGAAAAGAAAGUCUACAGAACAAAGUCCUUUUGAGCAGAAAAUGCCUCCAAAAGAAGGAAAACAUUUAUCAUGGGAUCCAAGAUUCUCAAUGCAUAACAUACAAUAUUCCUGGGUCAUAAUACCUCUGGAUUAAGGAAAUUGAACAUUUAGAAGGAUUUUAAUCUACUAUGUGAUUUACAACAGAUGUGAUGAGAAAAUUCAGAACUUAAAGAUCUCAAUAAUAGUAAUUAAAUAGUAAUGUUUAUUUAUGUCAGAUUUAAUAUGAAAUCCAUAGCUUCCUUUACCAAAAAAAAUCUGUAAAUUUAGCACUAUUGCUUAGAAUAUCACCAGUGCCAAAAUCAAAAUCGCUCUAGACAAUCUUCACAAGUUGGGGGUUGCCUCUUUGGAUUCUUCAGUCAAGACUUACAACCUCCAGCAACUUAGACCAGAGUUAUCUCAAAUCUACUUACUUUCCUUCAAGGGAUUCUCUUUCUAAAACCAGAACUUGAAAUUCUGAGCUAUCCCACUUUGUUUAAGGGUAAUCAAGAAUUGAUGUUCAAAUUUUGCAAGAGCAAAAAAAGUGGCACUCCCAGCCUUUUGUUUGCUGAUAAAAAAGAAAAAAAUAAACUUCAUGUUGAUCUGACUUCAUUUUGUAUAGCUACAUGGAUCAAAAAAGGAAACAUGCUAUAGUGGAUAAAAUACUGGGCUUGGGGGUAGGAAAACAAUUUUUAAAUCCUACCUCUGACACUUACUAGCUGUGGAUCUCCUGGUAGACCAUUUAAUGUCUUGGUAUCUCAGAUAACUCCUGGGUCUUGUUUACUAAGUUAUAGAUGGUUAGUAGAGAAAGCUUUUAAACUGAGAGAAGAGGCAGCUAGAUGGCUCAGUGGAGGGGCAGCUAGAUGAUGCAGUGGAUAAAGCACUGGCCCUGAAUUCAAGAGGACACUUAACACUUCCUAGCUGUGUGACCCUGGGCAAGUAUUUUAACCCCAAUUGUCUCAAGGGAAAAAAACCCUGAGAAACUGAGAAAAAGCAAAAUUUUUUUGCAUAAAGCACAGAUUAAUUACCCAAUAAAUCAGGCAGCAAAUCUUUUUUGAGUCCUACUAGGUCCUACCAAGCUGAAAAGGCUAUGAAGUAGAGGCCCAUGCAGGGAUGUAUGUAUGGAGUCCCUAGGGAGGAACUAUAUUUAAAGAGAUUUCUCAAGGCUCCCCAAAGGGUGAUGCACAUCUUAGUGCAUCCAAAGACCUGCCACUAAGUUGUAGAGUGUAUAUGACACAUGUUGAUAGAGUGAAUAACCAACCACAUAGAUCUUUUAACAUCCUCAGAGUAACCUUAGUAUCAGUGAUGACCUUACUAAGUAAUUGCCCUCAAUCACUAAUUAGCUAAUCAACUAUUAUUCAGUUCAGCCCUUUUAAAAAUAGGAAGUGUUCAAUGGAUUUGGAAGUCUCUAGGUUGUAUUUAUCAAUGUUGGAAAACUCAUAAAUUAAGUGCUAUGAUGACCGAGAACCAAAACUAAGGUUUAUAUUUAUCAGUUCAAUGGUCCAGAGUGAGACUGUAGGAAGGGCAUCUUGUCCAAGGGCUUUUUAGGUAUGAUGACAGAGGGAAAAGCCCUGCCCUGGAUUUUGAACAUGGAACUUCAGUACUUUGGUUUGCUUAGGCAGAAAGGGAGAAGUAGCAAGGUUUCUAGUGGAGGAGUGGUCAGUGACAAUAUUGACUAAUAAGAGUUAUCCUUCAGAUUCCAUAGUGAAUGUAAGCUCAUAAUGCUUUAGCCUUUCUUGUAUAAAUGAUUUAAAAAUGCCAAUUGCUAUAUAAAUGUAAGAUGCUAUUGUUAAUGAAAAUAA